AUAAAUACUCAUUUGGCCCGGGACGAUGGACGACAUAUCACCGGCGGCGAUCACCGGCGGCCACCUUUCGCCGGAGUAGGUGAAGAAGACGAAUUCGAUGUGUUCUAUCAUCUAUGCUUUCCCAUGGCACACCCACAGCACCCUGGUUACCGAGAGAGAUUUGUUUGAAACGUAAUUUUUGCCUGCUCAGUUCAUGACUUUUUGAAGCUCAGGAAGACAAUUCAGUUGUGUUUCAAUUGCUAUUAAUUCCUGUUAAUGUUUCUAUGUCAAAGAUUGAAUCUUAGUGAAUGUUUGUCACUUAUUCUGACAAAGAAGGAAAAUGUUGGGGUUGUUAAAUGAAUGCCGUAAAUGGACGGCAUUGGGAAAGUUUAAAGCAGAAAUCUUGCAGUUAGUUUCUUUGCCCAAGUUGAAUGGGGUUGUCCAUUUUGGGCCAUUUAACUGUAACUUGCAGAGAAGGUGGAAGAAGCCUGUGGAUUCUGCACAAACUCGUUUAGAGAAUAGAACAAGAGAUCUCAGGCUUGACAAGCUUAGGAGCCAACUAAAGAAGUUGAGCUUAGUCCUCAAAGUGCAAGAAUUGAUCUUGAAGCAGAGAGGUCAAUACAUUUCUGUUCAGUUGCUCUCGAAGUGGAAAAACAUAAUUGGAAUAAAUAUAGGGAUUGGUGUUUUUCUUCGGAAGUACCCUCACAUUUUUGAGUUGUAUACCCAUCCUGUUAAAAGAAAUCUCUGUUGUAAAGUUAGUCAAAAGAUGCUUGAUUUGAUUGAAGAGGAAAUUGGGAUCAUAAAAGAGUCUGAAGUAGAGACCAUUCAAAGAUUGAAGAAGCUCCUUUUGAUGUCAACAAGCGGGGCAUUGCACAUCCAUGCCUUAUGGCUCAUAAGAAGGCAGCUAGGUUUGCCUGAUGAUUUCAGGAAGUCUGUCCUUCCUAGGUAUCCAGUUGAUUUCAACAUUGUUUUCCCUGAUAUUAUAACCUUGGCCUCAAAAGAUGACUGUUUGGUUGAGGCAACAGUUGAAAACUGGAGGGAGAAAGAGUAUAGAGAAAAAUGGCUAAGCGAGUUUGAGACCAAUUUUGCAUUUCCAAUUCAGUUUCCAACAGGCUUUAAGAUUGAAAAAGGGUUUAGAGAAAAGUUGAAGAAUUGGCAAAGGCUUCCUUAUUUAAAACCUUAUGAGAAAAAGGAUGUCAUUCGACCACGCACUUGUGGUGGAGCUGAGCGUUUUGAAAAGCGUACAGUUGGUAUUCUUCAUGAACUUUUGAGCUUGACAGUAGAAAAAAUGAUUGAAGUUGAACAGUUGGCGCACUUCCGGAAGGAUUUCAACAUGGAAAUCAAUAUGAGAGAGCUUUUGCUUAAACAUCCUGGGAUAUUUUAUAUCUCAACCAAAGGGAACACACUAACUGUAUUUCUCAGAGAGGCGUAUAGUAAAGGUUGCCUUGUUGAGCCAAACCCCAUCUAUACUGUUCGACGGAAAAUGCUAGAUCUUGUCUUGUUAGGAUGUCGAAACACUGAUCAAAUGCAACUUUUCCAGGAGCUAGAGGAUGGGUGUAAUGAGAAGAUCAACCAUGAGUUGGCCAGUGGUUCAUGUGAUGGAGAUUGGGUUAUUCCAAUUUUGGAAAGUUGUGAUGAAAGGCAGUACAAUAGAAGUGUUGGCAACAUAACAGAUCUAUCCGAAGAUGCUGAAUAUUAAUUUUUAGCUUUUCAUGUUCCCUCAUCAAACAAUCAGUAGGUGUAUGGCAUAGUUGAAGUUGUGGCUGGGGGAAUUGUAUUUUCUUUGUUAAUGUCACCAGUUGCUGCACUGUUGCCUGACUUCAUCAGUGUUAAAGAAGAUACAAUGAUUAUGAAUAUAUCCCCAAAUCGCUGAGUUCCUUUGAUUGGAUUUAGUGACACUUCACUGGAAUUUUUUUUUCGUAUUCCAAACAUUCUUCUUUUGAGUUUUGCAAACGGUUGCAGGAGAAACUUCUGCAAAAUCCAGCAUGCAAUACUUCAAACAUAAACAAGUAGUAAUCAGUGAUGCGAGGAGCUGCGAUUUUAGCCACUUUGACCAGAGGAUGCAAGCUUGUUAACAAGCGCCAAUGCAUUACUAGUGAAGUGAGUGGUGUUCAAC